UGGUUGUGUGCUCAUUUGCUGCCGGAGAUUGACGCAAACGGAAGCCAGGGAUCGAACUGUGCCAUAGUAAGUAGCCAGUGCUAGCGGAACUGGCAAGUAGCCAGUUACGCUAGCGCUAGACGGCGAAGUUACCCGGUGCUAACAUAACCUGCUUCGGCUAAUAAGCAUUUCCCUCGACUCCUUUCCGUUUCCUGACGAAGUAGGCAGUGCUAGCGUCACUGGCAAGGCGAUUGCGGGACGAUCAUUAUCUGCUUGUGCACAGGUUGGCAGGGCGACUGGCGCAUCUUGGGGUUGCUGUGUGGGUCAGGUAAGAGAGAGGGACACACAGGCGGGCUUCAAAUAUGUUCAAGAAACCGAGCGGUGUGAAAGGCCAACAACGAUUGUCUGGAGCCGACAGCAAAAAGCUGCGCAAAGCGAUCCGCGACAAAUUCCACACGCUGUCUGACGAAGAUCUCGAUGUGCUUUUCCCACCCAAAGUUGAAGUUUACGUCGUUCGGUUAACCAAUCGCGCGUCGCUGUAUUCUGUCGAUUCCGGUCCGCCAAUCUUCUUCGAUGCCGAUGGGCGUGGGGCGUUGUACCCGACAGUGUACGGCCUCUGGAAGGUUCCUCACAUCGUUCCUUCCUUCACCCUCAAGGGGGGGGAAGUUUCCCGGUAUGUCCUCGGAGGGGCAGACCUUAUGUUCCCGGGAAUCGAUGUCCCGGAUGGAGGGCUGCCGGGAUUCGGUGUGGGAGAGAUAUGGGCCAUCAAGGUGCCGUUCAACGAUUCGCCCAUCGCUGUGGGAAUUACGGUGAUGAGCAGCGCGGAUGGGAUGAAGGCAAAACUCCGUGGAAAGUUGCUCCACGUCGCUCAUUACUACAGAGACUGGCUCUGGGAUUCCGCCGACGGCAAGUAUGUGCCAAACGAAGGAUUCAAGGAGGAUAUCGUGGUAGAGGAUCCUAAUGUGCUGGCCAAGAUGGAGGCCGCGUUUGCCAGCGUGGCCUCAGGGGAAGCAGACACGUCAGCGAAGGUUGAACAUGGUGGGGAGUCCGAGAAAGCGGAGGAUGCUGUAGAGAGGGGGAUGACCUCCCAUCUGGCAUGGGAGUUGGGAUCGACAGCAGCAGCCGCCGCGGAUAACGUCGAGGGUGCACCGACCAAUCAUGAAGCUGAUGGCCGAGCUUCGGAGAUGCUGGUAAAUGCAGAGACAGCUAGUGAAAGUGGUCCACGUGCUUCACGGGCUGCUGUCAUGACGGAUCUGCACGGACUUGUACUGAGCGAUAAGGGGUCAGGGGUGGGGAACGACGAGGCCGACACCCACUUUGCUGCAGUGGGAGAAUCUGUCUCAUCAGGCACGCCGGUGUCAGGCCCAGCAGCAGCGUCCAUGACCGUCGACGAGGUGGAUGCGCUACUAGAGAAGAGCUUCCUUCAAGCUCUGCACACGUCUGUCAAGGAUCGGGAUCUGCCCAUUGCGGCGGGCAACCUCUGGUCGGCCCACAUUCUUCUUUGCCGCCCUCCAGGGACUCAUCUAGACGUCAAGAAGUCUUCGUACAAGAAGAUGUCCAAAUUCUUGCAGGCGAAGGCUGCUGAAGGUCUGGUAUCGGCCAAGGAGGAUAAACAUCGCAAGGAGAUGAUGCUCGUCUCGAUUAAUAGAGGCCACCCAACAUACAUGGAGUUCGUACCGGAGAAACGGAUGGCAGGGAGUGUGCAGCAGCAGGAGAAGCAAAGUGUGGCAGUCUCGGGAGGAGGAGGAGGAGGAGGAGCAUCGGGGAAAGAGAAUACACCUCAGAUUGAAGUCUGUGAAGUUUGGAAACCGGUGGCGGCAGUGUUGCCCAUAUUCGUGGCAGUGGGUGCAGAUCCUGCGGGCUUGUAUCGAUACGACGAAGUGCUUGGAAUUGGGUUUAAGUACAUAGAGAAGGAGGGAUUGACGAAGGCGAACGACAAGGCGAUUGUGACUUUAGAUGCGACUUUAUGCGAUGCCUUGUUUAAGGGUGCAAUCAAGAAAGGGACAAGUUAUCCCAGCGAGAUUGCAAAGAAAGAUGUCGGGCCGGCGUUCAUCCGACGGAUGCAAGCUCACCACAGGGUAACGAGGGACGGAGUCUCCGUGGUUAGGAAGGGGGCACUGAGACCAGUGCAAAUUUUCACCGAGAAACGACAAGGCAAUAAGAAAAUGACGAGGAUGUCAGGGGUAGAGUCUUUCCUGGUCGAUGCAGAGGCCUUGGCGGCGGAGCUGCAGAAAAGGUUUGCUUGCAGCACGAGUGCGGCGGAAUUGGCGGGGAAGAAGGGGCAGUUCGAGGUCCUGGUACAAGGAGGGGUUCUCGAAGAACUCGCACAUCAUAUGAUCACCCACUACGGAAUACCCAAGAAGCACAUUGAGGUGAUGGACAAAACUAAAGGAGGAGGACGGCAUUGAUCAAUUGAUUGAUUGAACGAGGCUCCGUGAUGCUUACUGCAACUGAGUUGGCGCAGAAGAAGGGUCACAGUUGGUAAGGUCCUUACUGCAACAGAAUACCAAAGAAGCACAUUGAGGUGAUGGACAAAACUAAAGGAGGAGGACGGCAUUGAUCAAUUGAUUGAUUGAACGAGGCUCCGUGAUGCUUACUGCAACUGAGUUGGCGCAGAAGAAGGGUCACAGUUGGUAAGGUCCUUACUGCAACAGAAUACCAAAGAAGCACAUUGAGGUGAUGUGCAAAACUGACAGGAGGAAUGCGUUGAUUGAGGCUCUGUGAUGCUUUCUGCGGCAUUGAUGAGGCUCUGUGAUGCCCAGAUUUGCGUAGAGCAGCGGGGUAAUGGUGAUCUGUUUGCAAUCAAUAUGUCAUCAUUGGUAUGUCAGUCGAUCGAUAUGGUAUUAAUAUGUCAUCAACCGACAGAUCGGUAGGAGCCCGUGCUGUAGCUGGCAGGAAUAUUCUGUGGCAGUGUUGUCUUCUUUCUUCUUCACUCGUAGUAGGCGUUUUGGCGGUGGGAUAGGGCGAGUUAGGAGUUUUGUUGGUGGGUGAGGGCGAUUUGGAAUUAGAGUAAAAAAACUCUCGUGUUCUGCUUCCAGCUGCAGCAUGUAUACGUAAACGCGAAAAGGGUUGAGAAUUGAGCUUUCGACAAUGAUAAUGGGUCUUCCUUUUUCUGUUCCCCCCCUCUCUCCCUUUGUGUGUUAUCCAUUGGCUAAAGACAACUCGAUAGAAACAGGGUGACAGUACAAACUGCGGCAUAUGACAAUGUAUACGGAGACGCGAAGAGCAUUGAGAAUUGAGCUUUUGACAA